AACCUUAUUUAUUUGUGAUAUAUACAAAGAAAUUUAAUUGGUUGUUCCGAAAGAUACGUGAAAUAUUAAACAACACAUUUUUCAGUGAUUGUGAAUAAUUAAAAUUGUAUUUUUACUAGAAGUAAUAAGCCCGCUCAGAGUUAAUAGCACAAUGGCAGCGAAUGAACCUGUACCAUAUAAAUCAAGUGAUCUACCGUCAGAGGCUCCUGGUUCAAAUUCUAGCAAGAGCAGUUUUGCCUUUUCAUCCAAUUCGGGUAAUUUCAGACCUGGAAUAUACAGAAAAUAUCCUCGGAGUAAAUCCUUAUCGAACAUCGCCCCUGAUGAUUACACCCCUGGAGAAAUAAGAAGGAUCAAAGAAAGACUGCUCAGAACUACAUCUCAUCUGGAACCUUCAGCGAUUAGGAAAUUUACCAAAUUCCAAAAAGUUACAUUGGCAAUGUUAGCUUUGGUCGAUUUCUUUUGCUUUUGUUCCAUGUCAAUCAUGGCACCCUUUUUCCCUAAAGAAGCAGCUGAUAAAGGAUUAUCGGAUACCACAUCUGGAAUAGUGUUUAGUUUUUAUGCUUUAGUCAUGUUUCUAUCAUCCCCAGUAUUUGGAAAAAUUCUUCCUAAAAUAGGUGCAAAGUUUGUCUUCUUAUUAGGAAUGUUUGUAGCGGGCAUAUGUAAUUUAUUAUUUGGUAUGUUAGAAUACGUUACGGAUUAUACGAUAUUUACCACACUAUGUUUGGUUAUAAGAGGAUUUGAAGCUUUGGGUGCAAGUGCAUUUUCCACGGCUAGCUACGUGUUUGUAGUCAAUACCUUUCCUAAUAACAUUGGAUCAGUGAUAGGAAUCUUGGAAACAUUUGUAGGGUUAGGUAUGAGUACCGGCCCGGUACUUGGAGGAUUUCUUUAUUCGGUAGGCGGUUUCGAUUUACCAUUUAUUGUUUUGGGCGUUUCCAUGAUGGCUAUUGUUCCGCUAAAUAUGUGGCUCCUGCCAACUGUUGAAGAUUUUGAUAACGUGUCCAACAAGAAAACUUCUGUAUUGAAGCUGAUUAAAGUACCUGCGGUGUCUGUAACAGGUCUGGUAGUGGUUAUAGUUUCAAGCGUAUGGUCGUUUUUAGAUCCGACACUGGAACCCCAUUUACGACAGUUCAAUUUAAGUCCAGAGAAAAUUGGAUUGAUCUUUCUUUUAUUUUCCGCCCUAUAUGGUCUAUCCAGCCCUGCCUGGGGUUGGUUGGCGGAUAAAGUUAACAACCAUUGGUCAAUGAUGGUAGUGGGACUGUUCAUGUGCACUAUAGGAUUGUUGCUAUUAGGUCCAUGUCCAUUUAUUCCAAAUAUAGAAAGUUCCCUUUGGUUGAACUUAGUGGCCUUGUCAUUAUUGGGUAUAUCUGUAGCUUUAGCCUUGAUGCCAACUUUCCAAGGAGUUUUAAACAGUGCAAUACAUGGAGGAUGCAGCGAUUCCAUAACAACGUAUAGUGUCGUCGCUGGCGUUUGGUCUAGCAUGUACUCUUUAGGAGAAGUUGUUGGCCCGUUAUUAGGUGGAUUCCUAUUGGACAAUUACGGAUUUCCUAUAUCAUCCACUGUAAUGGCUGCAUCAACAUUCUUUAUGGGUAUCGUAGCUUUCUUCUUUUUCGUAUUCAAAUCGGUCUGGCACGAGAAUGAAAGUGAAUCAGAUAGUGGAAUAAGCGGUUCCUGGAGGAGUCAACAUAGCGAAGACAGUGUAGAAUCUACUCCGCUUUUAUUGUCAUCUAUUGGAUCCAAUUAUCGAGCAUACACUGAAGAAAAAAUCCAGUAUUACGAGCAAAGCAGAAAACAUGAAACUGAGCUGGGAGAUACUGAUUUCGAUCAAGUAACUGAUAUAAGAGGGACGGUAUCAAUAACAUCUAAAGGAGCCUGUGAGGUGUAAUUAGUUAAUGCACACAUAUGUAUACAAUUAAACGUAUUAUGUACUUUUUAUAUGUAUAUACAUAAGUAUAAAUAGAUUUAUAACAAUUAAAAAAUUUAACAAUAAAUAUUUGAUACAUUUU